CCACAAUGGCUGCCCUGAGUCUGCAAGACCUGGGAAGGACAGUUGGUAACCAGGGGUCUUGGAGGUCUCUCAUUCCUAGGGUCGCAAGAUGUCAACGUCAACUGGGAGACAGUUAACAAAAAUAAAUCGUACUUUGGAUAUAUCAGGAGACACCAGGUCUCACUAGAAAAGGGGACAAUGCUUGGCAAAGGGGAAUGCCAUAGGAAAAGAGGAGGACUGCAUUGCAAGUGGAUAGACUCCUCCAAGAAAGCCACAGCUAUGACUUUGCAAGACUUAGGGAAUUCUGGUGAUGAUAGACUUAAUGGUCUCUCAUUCAUAGGGUUUCCAUUCAGAUUGACAGCAGUUAGCAAUGGCCAAACAAUGCCCCAGUGCCCUUGUCCCAUAGACCUGUGUUGCUCUGAAGCACCCUAAGACCUUUUUGCCUUUUGCCUUUCUAUUUCUUACCUUCCUUUCCUUUUCAUGACACCGUUGUAUUUAAUGGGACUUGAGCAUCCAUAGAUUUUGGUACAGGGGAGGUCUAGGAACCAAACCCCAGUGUAGAUAAAUUGAGAACAAGCUUGCCUGAAAGCAAAAGUACUUUGAAAUUCCAAUCUUGGGCAUAGUUGUGUUGAUUUUUCUGUAAAAUACCCAGAGCUUUUAUCAGUUCUCGGUUUAUUCUUUGUGUAACGCUGGUCUCACGGCCAGCCUCCGGACAUGACCCAGAGUUAAUAUUUAACUCGACUAGGGGCUGAUAACAUACUAAAUCUGGAGCCUGACACGGUAUUAUUUUGGAGAGGGAUUUAUUUUGCAGUCGCCUGCCUUUGAUUCCUUCAUAUCCAAGAGACGGCUCCAUGCUGAGCCCGACCAAGAGGAAACGCAGCAUAUCCUUUGCCUGGUUGAACGUCAGGUUGCUUUCCACCACCGUCUCCGUCUCAGAAGCACUGCUGGGGUUGAAAAUCAAAAAAGAGGUGAAGGCACUGAGUGGAGGAGAUGCCUAGAAUCCCAAAGGCACCAGAUCUCUUCUGACUUUGGGACCGAAACAGGGUCUGGCAGUGAAAGCAACAAGCUCAGCCAAUCUGCCUGGGAAGAAAGGCACAUGAAGGAUGAUGGGGAAGUAGUUAAGAUUUGCUCCAGCAGCCAUUUUAAGCAAAGUGCUCAGAAAAUGGUCCUUCUUGUGUUGCAGAGAUUCUGAGUGCCUCAAGCUUGCAACUUUCAAUGGAAGCCUGGACAAAAAAUUCAGAGACCUCCCCUGGUUGUUGAUGUUCCACCAUGGCCAGUUCCUCUCAUGGCUUGGAGUCGGACUUUGCUAAUAUAUCUCCAGACCCAGAGGCACCAUACCUAAAGCCCAUUCGGCGUUUCAUACCCCCAUCUUGGAAAACAUUCUUCCAGAGAUGGAAGCAGCAGCCCUGGAGGGAGAAUUCUUUUUUAACCUUCUCCCCAGAAGUCAUCUCACACUCCCCGCCAGCAUCUCCAUCUUUGGAGUGCCAUCAGAGGACCAUCUUUGGCCGAGAGGAGAGUUUGGGCAUCAGUGAUAAGGACGAGGAAGAUGUCAAGGAACCCCUCCCACCCUCGGUCACCCCUCCAAAGUCUGGCAAGACAGGCCUGUCCCCUACAAGCCAAGGGGGUUUAUCGACUGCUCCGCCGAGCUAUGAGGAAAAACUGGAGGCCUACGACCGGAAGUAUUCCUACAUGAAGUCAUGGCCAGGCCUCCUGAGGCUCAUGGGUGGACUGGAGCUCAUACUGGGUGGAAUGGUCUUUGCCUGUACGGCGGCUUACAUCCAGAAGGACUACCAGUGGUCUGCCGUCUACAGAGACUCUUUUAUGCCUUACAACGGGCUCACGGGGUACGGGUACAAUUACUAUGGCCCUAUGACCCCCUUCGUCCUGGUGGUGGCCAGCUUGGCAUGGCUCGUGACUGUCAUCUUGCUGGGCCUUGGUGUGACCAUGUACUACAGGACCAUCCUCCUCCACUCCCACUGGUGGCCUUUGGCUGAAUUUGGUCUCAACCUCCUCAUGUUCUUGCUUUACAUGGCUGCCUCCAUCGCCUACGUCAACGAUGUCAGUCGGGGUGGACUGUGCUACUCCUUCUAUGCCUACAACCCUCUCAUUGCGGCGUUGUGCCGGGUUGAGGGGGGACAGAUAGCCGCCAUCGCCUUCCUCUUCCUUACCACUUUGCUCUACCUGGCUGGGUCUCUUGUCUGUCUCAAGAUGUGGAAGCAUGAAGCUGCAAGGAGGACUGAGAUGGUUGUGGCAAGACCCUACAAUGAGGAGCUAUUGCAAAAGCCAAUCCUCGUGCAAGUUGCACCUGAGACACAUCUCUCCGAAUCCUGCCAUGACUCUCCUCCAGCAGGGAAAGUAACUCGGCGUGUCGAAUUUUCCGAAAAGGUGGAGGCCCCGGAGACACUGAGCUGUGCCAUCCCAACGGGUCACACCCCCAAACCCCACAUUGUCCCCGAUUAUCUUCUGAAAUAUCCCAGCAUCAAGACUGCGGAGGAACGGGAGAAGUACAAAGCCGUCUUCAAUGACCAAUACGCUGAGUACAAGGAGCUUCACGGUGAAGUCCAAACUGCGCUACGGAAAUUCAAAGAACUGCAAGCCAUGAUGUCCAAGCUUCCUCACCGCUCACUGGACUUGGAGGAUCAAGGCAGGGUCUCAGCUGUCUGGAGAGAAUACAAGAGCAAGAAGAAGGAUCCGGCUUUCCUGGAGAAACAGGAGCGCUGUGCCUACCUCGCAAGGAAGCUGGCUCACCUCAAGGCCCAGAUUCAAGCCUACGACCGAGAGACCAGUGAGGAGGGGUCCAUCUACUUCUGAUUUAAGCCCUUAACACAGAUCCAGCAUGUGACGGGUGCAUUAGACAUAGAAAAGGAUGUGGCUUCAAACAAAAAACUGGUUGGCAUUCCACCAACAUCACCGCCAUUGGAUGUAAGGAAUGGCACAGGUCUCCCAGGAAAGGCCACCUCUCCCCGCAUUUAAAAUACUGCUUGUUUCAGUUAAAGUUUUUCUUAUAAAUUGUAUAUUUAAACAUU